CGCUCCCGUCAGAACGCCUGCUGGACGUCCACGUCCGGUCGCACCGAGCCGCCGGCGGCUUCGGCUGCAGCCGCUGCGGCCGAACUGCCGACAGCUGGGAGGCGCUGGAGCCGCACUGCAGGAGGCGCUGCAGGAGGAAGGAGGAGGAAGUGGAGGAGCAGCAGGACGGGUGGAGGAUCUUUGGCUGCUCAGCGUUCCGAUUGGCCUUCAGACAGGUGGAGGGCCCGGCUGACUGCACCACAAGACACAAAGAGGGCGGAGCUUCCUGAUGGCAGAGCGUCUCCUAUUGGUCGACCUCUGAAUCUCCCCGGGCCAACAGCCAAUCAGAAAGCAUGUGAUCCGAGCAGCUCUGUUCCCAGUCUAACCAGUUUGUGCCAGUCUGGUUCGUCCCAGGUCGUCUCACCAAUCAGGAAUGAGGAGCAGGUGAGCCUCACCUGCUCUCUGUGCCACAGGAAGUUCUCCUCUAAGCUGACUCUGAGACGACACCUGGGCGUCCACGGAGCGGCGAAACCGUUCACCUGUCCUCACUGUCCCUACAGCAGCCGGCUGAAGGCCUCGCUGAGGCAACACCUGAGAACUCACACAGGUGAGAAGCCGUUCAGGUGUGCCGAGUGUCCGUACGCCUCCAUCGACCGCAGCUCCCUGCUCAGACACAGCAGGACUCACAGCCAGGUGAAGCCGUAUCGCUGUCAGCUCUGUGGCUACAGCAGCAUCCAGAAGAAGAGCCUGGACCUCCACGCUCGCCGCCAUCACACAGGUGAGGUGUUUCCAUGCCAACUGUGUGAGUACUCCAGCCCGGACCGCCAGCUGCUGCUGAAACACACGCGAAGACGCCACGCCCCCCCUCCCUGAUCCCUGCAAUCUGAUUGGCCCGAUACCUCUCCAGGUGCUGCUUGCAUGUUUACCUGGACGAAAUAUUCUGACUUUUACUGGACAUGAAAAUAAAGACGUGAAAAAAAGUUCUUUUAUCAAGUGAAAAUUUGUAACUUCUGAAAACACCUGGAAAACACCUGGAAAACACCUGGAACACCUGGAACACACCUGGGACACCUGGAACACACCUGGGACACCUGGAACACACCUGGAGCACACCUGGGCAGGUUUGGGUCAGAGUUCCAGGUGAGCAGGAAGAGGCCGCAUUAGGAGGACCUGCCCACCUGGGUAUCAGAGCAGAAGAGUUGAGAAACAGCAGCAUUAGCUCCAGAGGACCCUGAUGACAUCAUCAUGGUCACAUGACCCCGGCCAGCACACCUGGUCUUGGAGACAAAGCUGAGGGUUACUGUGUCUUUAAGGAUGCGCCCUGUAGGGGGAGCUAGAGCUCCACUAGCCACCUGGGUGACACUUUAUUUGACAAAACUGACAUGACAAUUCAUGAACAUGAACGAGUCUUUAUGACUGAUGUCAUGAAACGUCAUUUGGUAAAUAAUGACACUUUUCAUGCUAAGUUGCUCUAAAUUAAAAUGAAAUUAAAAGUCCCACAUUUGCAUUAAAUUGUCAUUAUUUUUCUUUGUUCCCUCUGCUGUCUGGACGGUUUGCCCCAGGUACCAAUCGCAUAAAACCCGCGUUUCCUCCCAGCAUCGAUAGACUCAAGUAUAGAAGAUGGACCAGACAGGGAGUCACCAUAUUUAAUUAAUUACAUUCUGUAAUAUAAUUAAAGAUGGGCAGCUAGUAAAAUUUGAGGAUCUGUGUUGGAUUUAUGAGGUGGGGAGUGAAGAUUUCUACCGUUAUUUGCAGGUCCAAAGUUUCUUUACGAAGGAAAUAAAAAUCCCUGAUUCGGAAGCAGAGCCAGGAAUAGAACAAAUUUUUAUGGAUUCAUAUGCUGGUAGAAAAACAAACGGCAUCAUUGGCAAAUAUUACAGAUACUUAAUAUCAAUUAAUGAGAAGUCAGCUGAUGCAAUAAUUUCACCUGAGGCCUGGAUGCAGAUUUGGAGGAACUUUGUGAACCACAAAUUCUUUCAAUCAAUCAAUCAAUCAAUCAAUCAAUCAAUCAAUCAAAUUGUAUUUGUAUAGCACAUUUCAGCAACAAGGCAUUUCAAAGUGUUUUACAUCAUAAACACAAACUCAUGCAACAUAUAAUAAACAAUACAUUGUUCCAUAUUACAUUUCAAAUCAAACUCUAAUCAGGUGUGUUUUUAGUCGAGAUUUAAAGGAAGUCAGGGUUUCUGCUGUUUUACAGUUUUCUGGAAGUUUGUUCCAAAGUUUUGGUGCAUAGAUGCUGAAAGCUGCUUCUCCUCUCUUGGUUCUGGUUCUGGGGAUGCAGAGCAGAACCAGAACCAGAACCUGAGAGUCUGGAAGGUUGAUACAACAACAGCAGAUCUUUGAUGUAUUGUGGUGCUAAACCGUUCAGUGAUUUAUAAACUAACAACAGUAUUUUAAAAUCUAUUCUUUGAGCUACAGGGAGCCAGUGGAGGGACUUUAAAACUGCUGUUAUGUCUCUAUCUUCCUGGUUCUAGUGAGAACAGGAGCAGCAGCUUCUGAUCAGCAGCUUCUGGAUCAGCAGCUUCUGGAGGAUUGAUUUGUUGGACAGGCCUGUGAAGACGCUGUUACAAUAAUCAAUGUGACUAAAGAUAAACGCAUGGAUGAGUUUCUCUAGAUCUGGCUGAGACAUCAGUCCUCUAAUCCUGGAGACGUUCUUCAGGUGAUAGAAGGCCGACUUUGUUACUGUCUUUAUGUGGCUCGCAAGGUUCAGGUCAGAGGUCAUCACUACUCCAAGGUUUCGGGCUGAUCGCUAGUUUUUAGUUGUAAUAACUGAAGCUGUGCAUUGAAUCUAGAUCUAUAGCUCUAGAUCUAUAGCUCCAGCUCUAGAGCUAUAGAUCUAGAGCUAUAGAUCUAGAGCUAUAGAUCUAGAGCUCUAGAUCUAUAACUCUAGAUCGUUCCUCUUUAGGUCCAAAAAUAAUAACUUCAGUUUUGUUUUUGUUCAGCUGGAGAAAGUUUUGGCACAUCCACACAUUUAUCUGUUCUAAACAUUUAUUCAGUGAUUGGAUGGGGUCAAAGGUCACCUGGUGACAUCGUAGUGUAGAGCUGUGUGUCAUUCGCACAGUUGUGGUAGCUAAUAUUAUUAUUUCACAUGGCGCCAUUUCUGCUGGAAGAAUCCAAUCUGAUUUUUUUGCGCCAAAGCAGAGAUGGAAGCUGGUUGGCUCCCAGUCCUCGUGCUGGAGGGGCUAGGGUUAGGGUUAGGGUUAGGGUUAAUCGUCCAAUAGCUGCGGCGUGGGACCGGGACUGUCCAGAGUUGAAGACCUUCUGGAAGGACGUUAAUGGAGUAAUAUAUGGAAUUAUGGGUAUAACCAUAGAUUUGUCAUUUCUUGCUAUGUACCAUGGAAUACUUCCUGAGGGACUCAGUGAUGGGGACACGUACCUGUUGAAGAUAUUUCUGAUCGCAAGCAAGAAAGCGAUGACUAAAUGUUGGCUCCAGUCUAAACCUCCACCCUGAAGCUUCUGGUGAAUAUUAUAAACCUGAUCCACGAUAUGGAAAUGUUGACUUUUACAAUACGGCUCAGGAAGGAGAAGGGACAGAAACUUUGAGAAAGAUGGGAUUAUUUUAAUAUCAAAGGCUUUAACAGUUCAUUUCUGUUCCUCCACGUCAUUCGAACA